UCUCUCUCUCUCUCUCUCUCCUUCUUGCACAUUCCAUCUCUAUUUUCAUAUUACUGUACAAAAUUCUCAACCUCCAUGUCUAAAGAUCAAGUAUAUCAGCAGAAUUUACCAGGAGAUGGUGAACCAAACCAGUUACCAAACGACUGCGAAGAGUGUCAAACACCAACUUCCCUAGAUCACAAAAUUCCAACAAUCCAAACAUGUCCACCGGCACCAAGAAAACAUGGAGUUGAAUUUUCUCGCAAGAGAAAAUUUCCCAAGUUACAGUUCUUUGAAAUUAAGGGACGCGAGGAGAUAGAGUCAUUCUUUGGAUCGAGCUUUGAGUUUUCUGGCGUUGCAUCUCGCAGUGUUAAGAAGAAGACGAUUCAGAAAAAGGUGGACCAUUGCCCAAGUUUGGUGAAUGGGAUGUCAAUGACCCAGCAUCAGCUGAGGGAUUCACAGUAAUUUUCAACAAGGCUAGGAAUGAGAAAAAGACAGGAGGCAAGCCCGAAUCACCAACAAAGGAGGAAACUGCAUUUAACUCUUGGAAAGCGUCAGUCUGUAAGUUGUGGCUGGCUUUACUUCUUACUUGCCC